CAUAUGGCUCUGGUUGUGACAUUGUUAUUCUGGCAGAUGACUUUGAAUGUGUGCAAAUUAUUCCUGGUGCUAAACAUGGAAACAUCCAGGUCAGUUGUGUGGAGUGCUCCCAACGACAAGGCAGGAUUGCAGCAUCAUAUGGAAAUGCUGUUUGCAUUUUUGAACCACUUGGUAUAAAUUCUCAUAAAAGAAAUUGUCAACUGAAGUGUCAGUGGCUUAAAACUGGGCAAUUCUUCCUCAGUUCUAUGACUUACAACCUGGCAUGGGAUCCUCAAGGUAACAGGCUGCUGACAGCAACUGACUAUUUGCAAUUGUGGGCCCCUCCAUCUAAUGACAUUCUAGAAGAAGAUGAAGAUGAUGAUCCCAACAAUCAGAUCAAAGAUGAUAAAGUUCUCCCAGUUCUAAAUGACUGGAAAUGUGUCUGGCAGUGCAAGACUGCAACAUCAGUACAUUUGAUGUCAUGGUCUCCUGAUGGUGAAUACUUUGCAACAGCUGGGAAGGAUGACUGCCUCUUAAAGGUUUGGUAUCCUAUGACUGGUUGGAAAUCAUCUCUUCUGCCCCAAGAGAAUGAAGAAAAGAGAAGAUGCUCAGAGGAUGUCCAAUUCUCAUUUGUUUAUUUGGCACAUCCUCGAGCAGUGACGGGGUUUUCGUGGCGGAACAUUAGCAAGUACAUGCCCAGGGGUUUGGUGUGCAAUGUGUUACUCACGUCGUGUCUCGAUGGCAUCUGUCGGCUGUGGGCAGAGACACUGUUACCAGAAGAUACUCUUCUGGGGGAGCAGAUCUGUGAAACGAGCACUUCCAGCAUUAGCAGCACCGUCUCUCAGUCUGGAAAGCAAAAGGACAAAAUACAACAAGCACUAGAGACAAUUCACCAGUUGAAAAAUAUGAGAAAAGGACAAAGGAGAUCUUCAGUUCUUGUUACCCACACGGAUGUGCUGCCAGAUCAGCAGGGGACUCACGAAGUUCAGCGUCACAUUUCACACCAUGCAAAUGCACUGGGUCACUUCCACAUAGCAGCAAGCAUCAACCCUAACACAGAUAUUCCAUCAGUCUUGGCUGGAACAGCUUUUAAUAUAGAUGAAGGAAAUGGCUUCGUUGUCCACUGGUUGAAUAAUAAAGAAUUUAGUUUCACAUCCUCCAUUGAAGUAUUUAUGCAGCAUUUAAGAAAAAUUUCUGAACAACAACUAGAACAAGAUUUUGAUGUUGAAGUUGAAGAGGAAGAAGAAGUGGAAGAAAAAGAAAGAGGUUUACAUAUGAAAUUAGACCAUGACUUGUCUAUAGACAGAGAAUCAGAGACAGGAACUGGUACAGGCUCCUCAGAACAUGAAGAUGGAGAAAGAGAGGGAAGCCCCAAAACCUCCCUGCUGGCAGGGCCACGAAUGCCUCUUCCAACGGUUUUGUUAGAUCGGAAAAUUGAUUUGCUCCUGACGGAAUGGAACAGGAAUCCAGACAUGCUUUUUACUAUCCAUCCUGUUGAUGGGACCUUUCUGGUGUGGCAUGUGAAAUAUUUAGAUGAAUACAAUCCAGGCAUCUUCCGACAAGUUCAGGUUUCAUUUUCUUCUAGGAUUCCUGUUGCAUUUCCCUCAGGAGAUGCUAGUUCCCUUAGCAAAAAUAUUAUGAUGUAUGCUUGCCCUAUCUUUGUAAAAGAUGCCAGUAGUGCUGCACAACAGAAGACAAUGGACUUUCCAGAUAAUACUCUAGCAAGUAAAAGCUUUUCCCGGGACAGUGCAAAUGUGAAUAUAAUUUCUCCCAUAGUAAUGAUGAUUUCCAAACAUAUAGAUGGCUCUCUAAAUCAGUGGGCAGUUACUUUUGCUGAUAAAUCAGCCUUCACUACUGUACUCACUGUAUCCCAUAAAUUUAGGUACUGUGGACACCGCUUCCAUCUCAAUGAUCUUGCUUGCCAUUCUGUGUUACCUUUGCUGCUCACAUCUUCUCACCAUAAUGCUCUGUUAACUCCUGAGUCAGACAGUUCCUGGGACUCUGACAGGAUAACCAGAAUGAUGGAUCCCAUCAAACAUAAGAAAGGUUCUUCUAAGCAGCAACUUAAAAACGCAGCAACCCGUACAUUCCAUGACCCAAAUGCCAUCUACAGUGAGCUGAUUCUGUGGCGUGUGGACCCCAUAGGGCCUUUAUCCUACACUGGAGGAGUGUCUGAAUUGGCUCGAAUUAACUCUCUCCACACCUCUGCUUUCUCUAAUGUAGCCUGGCUUCCAACACUCAUUCCCAGCUAUUGCCUUGGUACAUAUUGCAACUCUGCCAGUGCUUGCUUUGUUGCAUCAGAUGGCAAAAACCUCAGGCUCUAUCAAGCUGUUGUAGAUGCACGAAAACUUCUGGAUGAAUUAUCUGACCCUGAAUCAUCUAAACUUAUUGGGGAGGUGUUUAAUAUUGUGAGCCAACAAUCAACUGCUCGUCCAGGAUGUAUUAUUGAACUCGAUGCAAUAACUAACAAAUGUGGCUCAAACACACAAUUGCUUCAUGUCUUCCAAGAAGACUUCAUUUUGGGAUACAAGCCACAUAAGGAAGAUGUGGAAGGGAAGGAAACUGAGAUAUUUUUCCAGCCAUCACAAGGGUAUCGUCCACCACCUUUCUCAGAGAAGUUUUACCUUGUAGUAAUUGAAAAAGAUAGUAAUGGCUGUUCUGUUCUUCAGAUGUGGCAUCUUCAUCUCAAGUCUGUGCAAGCUUGUUUAGCAAAACCAACCGAAACAUCUUCAUCAGAUAAUAAGCUUAGUGUACCUGAGCAAAAGACUGUGGAUUCUUCUCCAGAUGUAUCACCUGGCAUAAGUCCCAUUCCACGAUCUUCAUCCAUUGCUAAUCUUCAGACUGCUAGUAAACUCAUCCUGAGCUCCAGACUCGUGUACAGCCAACCUCUGGAUCUUCCUGUUGGUGUAGAAGUAGUGAGAGCAACUCCUUCAGCAGGUCACUUGAGUUCUUCAUCAAUAUACCCAGUCUGCCUUGCACCUUAUUUGAUAGUAACGUCGUGUUCAGACAACAAAGUGCGGUUCUGGAGAUGCACUGUAGAGACAGACCUGAACAGCAACAAUGAAGAAAAGGAAACAUAUCACUGGAGAAAAUGGCCUUUGAUGAAUGAUGAAGGAGAAGACAACAGCAGCACAGUGAGCUUAGUAGGAAGGCCGGUUGCUGUGAGCUGUUCUUACACGGGACGUCUCGCAGUAGCCUACAAACAGCCCAUACAGCAUAAUGGCUUUGUUUCCAAAGAAUUUUCCAUGCAUGUUUGUAUACUUGAAUGUGAGUCUACAGGAGGAUCAGAAUGGGUAUUGGAACAGACAAUUCAUCUGGAUGAUUUAGUUAAGGUUGGAAGUGUACUUGAUUCAAGGAUCAGUGUAGAUAGUAAUUUAUUUGUUUACAGUAAAUCAGAUGCAUUUUUGAAUAAAGACAGAUACCUGGUGCCCAGUAUCAAGCAUUUGGUGCAUUUGGACUGGGUUUCAAAAGAAGAUGGUUCACAUAUACUGACAGUUGGAGUUGGUGCCAACAUCUUCAUGUAUGGAAGACUUUCAGGAAUUGUAACAGAUCAAACGAGCAGCAAAGAGGGAGUAGCUGUUAUUACCUUGCCACUAGGUGGGAGCAUAAAACAAGGUGUAAAGUCAAAGUGGGUGUUGCUUAGGUCCAUUGAUUUGGUAUCAUCUGUGGAUGGCACUCCUUCACUGCCUGUUUCCUUGUCCUGGGUGAGAGAUGGCAUCCUGGUAGUGGGGAUGGACUGUGAAAUGCACGUUUAUGCCCAGUGGAAACACGCUGUCAAGUUUGGUGAUGGAGAAAGUGAUGUUUUUACUGCUGAAGACUCAACAACACAAGAUCCACUUAAAACAAGCUUGAUAAUGAAGAAGACCAGUGUAAUUGAUGGGGCAGGUGUUGUGGAUGAUGUUUUUGGCACUCCAACAGUAAUUCAGGAUGGAGGCCUCUUUGAAGCUGCUCAUGUUCUUUCACCUACUCUACCCCAGUAUCAUCCAACCCAGUUAUUAGAACUUAUGGAUCUGGGUAAAGUUCGCCGAGCCAAAGCCAUUCUAUCCCACUUAGUUAAAUGUAUUGCGGGAGAAGUUGCAAUAGUUAAAGACACAGAAGCUGGAGAAGGGACUGGUACUAAACGCCACCUGUCUCGCACCAUCAGCGUCAGUGGCAGUACUGCAAAGGACACCAUCACUGCUGGCAAAGAUGGCACUCGAGACUACACCGAGAUAGACUCGAUCCCCCCACUGCCACUGUAUGCACUGCUGGCUGCAGAUCAGGAUGCCACCUAUGUGUCUGAAGAAACUUCUAAAAUACCUCAGGGCUCUGAAGACCAGGCUAAGAGAAAAACAGAGGAUCAGUACUCAGAUCUGUUCCAGAUUCAACCUGUUACAACCGAAGACUUUAUAGAUUUUGAGCCUGAGAAGAGGGAGAGUAAAUCCAAAGUUAUUAAUCUGUCACAGUACGGUCCAACUUACUUUGGCCGAGAACACGCGAGUGUCCUUUCAAGCCACCUGAUGCACUCCAGUCUGCCAGGCCUCACUCGACUGGAGCAGAUGUUCCUUGUAGCUUUGGCAGACACUGUGGCCACAACGAGCACUGAACUAGAUGAGAACAGAGAUAAAAAUUACUCAGGAAGAGAUACCUUAGAUGAAUGUGGCUUACGAUACUUGUUGGCGAUGCGCUUGCACACUUGCCUUCUGACAUCGCUGCCACCGCUGUACCGAGUUCAACUGCUUCACCAAGGCCUGUCUACUUGCCAUUUUGCAUGGGCUUUUCACUCUGAGGCCGAGGAGGAGUUGAUCAAUAUGAUUCCUGCUAUCCAGAAGGGAGACCCACAGUGGUCUGAAUUAAGAGCUAUGGGUAUUGGUUGGUGGGUCAGGAAUAUCAACACGCUCCGAAGGUGCAUUGAGAAGGUUGCAAAAGCUUCAUUCCAGAGGAACAAUGACGCCUUAGAUGCUGCACUUUUUUACCUUGCUAUGAAGAAAAAGGCAGUGGUGUGGGGUCUGUUCAGGUCCCAGCAUGAUGAAAAGAUGACUGCCUUUUUCAGCCACAACUUCAAUGAAGAUCGAUGGCGUAAAGCUGCUUUAAAAAAUGCUUUUGCUUUGUUGGGAAAACAACGUUUUGAGCAGUCAGCUGCAUUUUUCUUGCUGGCAGGUUCACUAAAAGAUGCUAUAGAGGUGUGCCUUGAGAAAAUGGAAGACAUCCAGCUGGCUAUGGUCAUUGCUCGUCUGUAUGAAUCAGAGUUUGAAACCUCUGUCACAUACACCUCCAUCCUUUAUGAAAAGAUUUUGGGUUGCCAGAAGGAUGGAACCGGGUUUAGUUGUACUAAACUGCAUCCUGAUCCGUUUCUGAGAAGCAUUGCAUACUGGAUAAUGAAAGAUUACACACGAGCACUGGAUACAUUAUUGGAACAAACACCUAAAGAUGAUGAUGAAAACCCAGUUAUCGUCAAAUCAUGCAACCCUAUGGUAUUCAGUUUUUACAAUUAUCUUCGGACCCACCCUUUGCUCAUCAGAAGAUAUUUCAGCUCCCCAGAAGGAACCUUGGCCACCUUAGGUCUAACAACUGAGAAAAGCUUUGUGGAUAAAAUUAAUCUUAUAGAAAGAAAAUUAUUCUUCACUACUGCAAAUGCUCAUUUCAAAGUGGGCUGCCCUGUGCUAGCUCUUGAAGUUCUUUCCAAAAUUCCAAAAGUAAGAAAAAAGUCUACUGUAGAUGCAGAAAAAGAUUCAUCCAGUCCUCCUAUACAGGAUGGUGUUUCAGAUUCCAAAGCCCUACAGGAUGGUGCUGGAAUUGGUGAUAUAGACUGGUCAAAGCCCAUUUCAACUUCCUUUGCUUUGGAUAAUACUGCUGAAUCUUCAGCACAAUUUGACUGGAGUCAACCAGCAGUAAAAUUUGAUGAUGAGCCCCUUACUCUUGAUUGGGGUGAAGACAAAAAUGGGUCAGAUGAAGAGGACAAGGAUGUUGGUUUAAUGAUGAAAAAAUCCGAUUCUAAGAGUGGAGAAGAUGAGAGAACCCCAGACACAAGCAUGGCACAAACACCACGUGGGGAGGUUUCUGAUGCAGGAGACACUGAGGUUGAUGUUAUUGCUGAACAAUUGAAGUUCAGAGCCUGUUUGAAGAUCCUUAUGACUGAGCUGAGGACUUUGGCUACAGGUUAUGAAGUGGACGGAGGAAAGCUCAGGUUUCAGCUGUACAACUGGCUUGAAAAAGAGAUUGCUGCUAUGCAUGAAAUAUGCAACCAUGAUGCAGGGGACAAAGACUAUUGUAAAACCUAUACCAAAGUAAAUGGGGAUCUACUUGACCACGAAGAUAUUAUGGAUAAGCCAGAUAUUGGUUCCUAUGAACGGCACCAGAUAGAGAGACGGAGGUUACAGGCAAAGCGAGAACAUGCUGAAAGAAGGAAGUGGUGGCUGCAGAAGAACCAAGCUCUGCUGAGAGUUUUUCUAAGUUACUGUAGUCUUCAUGGGGCACAAGGUGGAGGCUUAGCAUCUGUAAGAAUGGAGCUGAAGUUCUUGCUGCAAGAGUCACAGCAGGAAACUACUGUGAAACAACUUCAGUCUCCACUUCCACUCCCCACAACACUGCCCCUGCUUUCUGCAAGCAUAGCAUCCACAAAAACUGUGAUAGCUAAUCCUGUGCUGUAUUUAAACAACCACAUUCAUGAUAUUCUUUACACUAUCGUGCAGAUGAAAUCACCACCACAUCCUAAUGUUGAAGAUGUCAAGGUGUACACACUUCAUUCUUUAGCAGCUUCACUUUCUGCAUCCAUUUAUCAAGCACUAUGUGACAGCCACAGCUACAGCAGUCAAGCAGAAGCCAAUCAGUUUACUGGGAUGGUUUACCAAGGACUGCUUUUGAGUGAUCGACGCAGGCUGAGGACAGAAAGUAUCGAAGAGCAUGCAACUCCAAACUCAUCUCCUGCUCAGUGGCCUGGCGUGAGUUCGCUUAUCAAUCUGUUAAGUUCAGCUCAGGAUGAAGAUCAACCAAAGCUCAACAUCCUCCUUUGUGAAGCUGUGGUAGCUGUCUACCUGAGCCUCCUCAUCCACGCCCUUGCAACCAAUUCCUGCAACGAGUUGUUCCGACUGGCCGCCCACCCUUUGAACAGUCGCAUGUGGGCGGCUGUUUUUGGGGGGGGAGUGAAGCUUCUUGUCAAACCUCGAAGGCAGUCAGAAAAUAUUCCAGCACCUCCUCUUCCAUCCGAAGAAAUGGAUAAACAUCGCCGCCGGUUUAAUAUGAGAAUGCUGGUGCCAGGAAGACCAGUGAAAGAUAGCAAUGUACCACCUCCUGUACCUGCAGAAAGACCCUCUUACAAAGAAAAGUUUAUUCCUCCAGAACUCAGCAUGUGGGACUAUUUUAUGGCAAAGCCAUUUCUUCCUUUAUCAGACAGUGGUGUUAUAUAUGAUUCUGAUGAAAGCAUUCACAGUGAUGAGGAGGAGGAUGACGCUUUCCUCUCUGAUGUACAGAUCCAGGAACACACAGAUGCCAAUUCCUACAGCUGGGCUCUUUUACAUCUGACAAUGGUAAAAUUAGUUCUGCACAACAUUAAGAAUUUCUUUCCCAUUGCUGGUCUGGAAUUCACUGAUCUGCCUGUAACAUCACCAUUGGGCAUUGCUGUAAUCAAAAAUUUGGAACACUGGGAACAGAUUCUUCAAGACAGAAUGGACCAAUUUGAAGGCCCACCACCAAACUACAUCAAUACUUACCCCAGUGACCUUGGUGUGGGUGCAGGACCAGCUAUUCUUCGCAACAAAGCAAUGAUUGAACCUGAAAACACACCGUUCAAAUCAAAGGAUUACUCAGCUCUUCCAGCAAAAAGGCUCUGGCAUUUUCUUGUGAAGCAAGAACUUCUUCAGGAGACUUUCAUAAGAUAUAUAUUCACAAAGAAAAGAAAGCAGAGUGAGGUUGAAGCAGAUCUUGGCUACCCUGGAGGAAAAGCAAAAAUCAUUCACAAAGAAUCAGAUAUGAUAAUGGCAUUUGCAGUUAACAAGGCAAACAGCAAUGAAAUUGUUUUGGCAUCUACACAUGAUGUUCAGGAACUUGAUAUUUCAGCUCUACUGGCUGCUCAGUCAUUUAUAUGGAUUGGGGAAGAAUAUGACAGAGAAUCUAAAAGUUCUGAUGACAUUGACUUCCGUGGUUCCACCACAACACUCACUCAGUCAACUGCCCCAUCGUUUGGAGUGAGUCAGAUACAACCAUCUCCAUCUAUGCCAUGGUUGGGCACUGGUCAAACCAGCACUGGAGCUGGUGUGCUUAUUAAAAGAAAUCUGAAUAACGUCAAGAGAAUGGCUUCACAUCCAGUCCACCAGUAUUACCUUACAGGAGCACAGGAUGGCAGUGUCCGAAUGUUCGAAUGGACAAGACCACAGCAGCUGGUUUGCUUCCGACAGGCUGGGAAUGCCAGGGUUACCAGGAUGUAUUUCAAUUCCCAGGGCAAUAAGUGUGGUGUUGCUGAUGGUGAAGGUUUUCUAAGUAUUUGGCAAGUAAACCAAACCACCUCAAAUCCUAAGCCCUAUCUGAGUUGGCAGUGCCACAGUAAAACCACAAGUGACUUUGCAUUUAUAACCUCUUCAAGCCUAGUUGCUACAUCGGGACAAUCCAAUGAUAACAGAAAUGUGUGCCUCUGGGACACUUUGGUUUCAUCUGGUAACAGUCUUAUCCAUGCCUUCACUUGUCAUGACCACGGUGCCACAGUACUUCAGUAUGCACCCAAGCAUCAACUGCUAAUUUCUGGAGGUAGGAAGGGAUAUAUCUGCAUCUUUGACAUCAGGCAGAGGCAAAUCCUUUUUACCUUCCAAGCCCACGAGUCAGCUGUUAAGGCCCUUGCCCUGGAUCCUUCUGAGGACUAUUUUGUCACAGGCUCAGCAGAAGGCAACAUGAAGGUGUGGAGACUGACUGGCUACAAUUUAAUUCACUCAUUUAAAAAUGAACACGCAAAGCAGUCCCUUUUCAGAAACAUUGGUGCUGGUGUCACCCAGAUUGAAACUGUGCAAGGCAACCGAAUCUUCUCCUGUGGAGCAGAUGGCACUCUGAAAAUGAGGGUUCUUCCCAAUGCUUUCAAUGUACCUUCAGGCAUUUUUGACAUUCUGUAGCGUUAUGUGAGCUAAUCCUGGUUUUAUAUAAUGUCCCUUUAAGUAGCUAAAAACACAGUGAUAUGCACUGUGGAAAGAAAACGUGUUUCCUUUCAAAGCAGUUACUGCAGCAUUAAGUAUUGUGGGGGAAAAGAUAUUUAAAAAAAA